GUGGGCGAAAUGGUUAUGGAGCCAAAUUGUGCAACAUAUUUAGCACAAAAUUUACUGUGGAAACUGGAUGUCGCGAAUACAAAAAGUUAUUCAAGCAGACCUGGACAGACAACAUGGGAAAGGCUGGCGAAAUGAAACUGAAAUAUUUUGAUGGAGAAGAUUACACUUGUGUCACUUUCCAGCCUGAUCUGUCAAAAUUCAAAAUGACAAUUCUCGAUAAAGACAUUGUGGCACUAAUGUCUCGAAGAGCGUAUGAUAUUGCUGGAUCCACAAGGGACGUCAAAGUUUUCCUAAAUGGACAGAGGCUGCCUGUGAAAGGAUUCCGCAGUUAUGUGGACCUCUAUCUGAAGGACAAAGUAGAUGAAACUGGUAAUGCACUUAAGGUUAUCCACGAGGAAGUAAAUUCUCGAUGGGAAGUGUGUUUGACUUUGAGCGAAAAAGGCUUCCAGCAAGUUAGCUUUGUAAACAGCAUUGCCACUACAAAGGGUGGCAGGCACGUUGAUUACGUAGCUGACCAGCUGGUGACUAAACUCAUUGAUGUCGUGAAAAAGAAGAACAAAAACGGAGUUGGAGUGAAGCCUUUUCAGGUGAAGAACCACAUGUGGAUUUUCGUGAAUGCCUUAAUCGAAAACCCAACCUUUGACUCUCAGACUAAGGAGAACAUGACUCUGCAGGCAAAGAGCUUUGGCUCAACCUGUAAACUGAGUGAAAAAUUUAUUAAGGGUGCAGUUGGAUGUGGCAUUGUUGAAAGUAUCCUAAAUUGGGUAAAAUUUAAAGCUCAGAACCAGCUGAAUAAGAAAUGUUCAGCUGUGAAACACACCAAGAUUAAGGGUGUUCCUAAGCUGGAUGAUGCCAAUGAUGCUGGCAGCAAGAAUUCUUUAGAUUGUACACUUAUCCUGACUGAGGGAGAUUCAGCCAAAACACUGGCUGUCUCUGGUCUAGGAGUGGUUGGUAGAGACAAAUAUGGAGUAUUUCCCCUUCGUGGGAAAAUACUCAACGUCAGAGAAGCUUCUCAUAAGCAGAUUAUGGAAAAUGCUGAAAUCAACAACAUCAUCAAGAUUGUGGGUUUACAAUAUAAAAAGAACUAUGAAGAUCAAGAAUCUUUAAAGAGUCUUCGCUAUGGAAAGAUUAUGAUUAUGACAGAUCAGGAUCAAGAUGGAUCACAUAUCAAAGGUUUGCUGAUUAACUUCAUCCAUCACAACUGGCCGUCUCUUCUAAAACACAACUUUCUGGAGGAAUUUAUUACUCCCAUCAUAAAGGCCUCUAAAAACAAAGAAGAAAUUGCAUUCUACAGCAUUCCUGAAUUUGAAGAAUGGAAAAGCCAUAUGCAGAACUACAAUUCAUGGAAAAUCAAGUACUACAAAGGUUUGGGUACUAGCACAUCGAAGGAGGCUAAAGAAUACUUUGCAGAUAUGGCCAAACAUCGAAUUGGCUUCAAAUAUUCUGGUCCUGAAGAUGAUGCUGCGAUCACCCUGGCCUUCAGCAAGAAGAAAGUAGAAGAGCGAAAGGAGUGGCUGACUAGUUUCAUGGAGGAUAGAAGACAACGAAAGCUGCAUGGUCUGCCAGAG